AUGCCGGAAACGGACACUCAAAAAAGACAAGAGGAUGGAUCAAAAGUGGUGGUGGAGACGACGGAGCAACGUUCGUCGGCGGGGAAACCCUCAGAGCAGAAGAAGAUAGAGGUGGUUCAUCAAUCUCAUCCUAAAACUAGCGGCGGUGUUCUCGUCGGAGCCGCCGCUGCCGUCGAAUCGACCCUUGAAUCUGCCAAAGAAGUCAUCUCUAAAACCUAA